CGACAGCAUUUUCCAAGAAUGAUGAUCACAAUAAACACAACCCUAGUCAUAAGCAAAACAAAACUUUCAGUCCGGAAUCCGGAUUCAUGAGUGUCAUCUGGUCCUACUCUAUUGCUGACGUGCGUCUUGUGAAAUGUAUGACACAUAGCAGGUAAAUCAAGACAAUGGAUGGCAUGAUGAACAACUACAGGCCAGUCUUAAAGUUCCUUUUCCAACAUCAAGAGAGGAUUUGCAAGGAAUUGGAGAAAUGUAUUCAUCAAGAUUUUAUUACAAGAAGAAUUGAGCACACAUUAUCCAAUGAAGCCUGUGCUGCACUUCGAGACAAACUUUUGUCACAUCCACUUGAAACUGCAGACUUUCUGCAUCAGUUGCUUGCUAGUGAAAGAAGGACAAAUUCUAACGAUAGCAGUAACAGUAGUAAUACAAAAGUUAGUGAUAAAGCAUCCAGUGGAGAAAUCAGAGCUGUUGGUAUUGAUGUUACAUCCAGGGCAAAAGAAAGUUAUUGCAGAAUUGAGAAUUGUUUCAUAGAGUGUUUAGAUCAUCUGUUGAGGAGAAUUGAAGAUCUGGAUGAAAAAGUAUUGCAGUUAGAAAGAGAACUAGAGGCCCUGGUGGAAAGGUAUGGAAAUAAUAGUUCUCCAAGGAGGGCAAAAUUUGGAAAUGCAUCAGAAUCUAUUGAGGUAACAAGGAUAAAGGAGAGAAUUCAGGUGUCAAGUGCUGAGAAACUAAGAACUGUUAAUCUGUUUUAUCUAAUGCUUGCUAUUUCAAGUGACAUUAAAACUGAUGUUCUACAAGAACUCUAUCUCAGAAUUGUUGCAAUUUGCCAUGAUAAGAGUAUAAUAAACAUUGAACAAGUUUAUUUUUCCCACUUCUCUGGCUCAGAUGAGAAACUGCAGUCAUUUUGUGAAGUGGAAGCUGAUUAUUUGGUCAGAAAACCUUAUAAGACAUCCAGCAACAUUGAGUGUUUGAGUACAUCUUUGGAUGUUAGAGGAUUAUAUUUUGAAUGCACUAGCAAUUCAAGGCAUGUUUUACAAGUAGUAUUUGAGAUGCUAGCCCAUGAUCCUGUGCAAAGUAUAACAUUAUUGCAGAGAGAAGAGGAUUGGUCCAGAUGGUUAGUGCCUUUUUAUCCAGUGAUAUUUCUCAAUUCAUGGUCAACAUCCUUGGAUAAAUUAGAAAGUUUACUGGGGGUUGCCAAGGUAUGGGAAGGACAGCCUAACGCUGUUGACCUUUUGAUGCUAAAUACAUGUAAUGAAUUAAAGCGGGAUUUAAAUUUUGUCAAUUGGUGUAUGGCACGAAACACAAAUGUGAAAAUGUUACCCUUGCUGUUAUUAAUAAGGGACCACUCGCCAUUGUACACAUUAUACAGGUCUCUUCCUUUGUAUGACCUAAAACCUAAUGAAGUGAAGCAGCUUCUGCAUGAGCACUGUCAAGUUAGAGAUCCAAGUGGACAACUAUUAUCAUCCUGUAUCAGCACUUAUCAAGCAUUUUGCAUUCUCAAUGAAAUGUUUCAGAUAAUUGCUGCUGGUAUGCAAUUAGAUAAUUCUGUUGCAGGGUGGCAAGCAAGAGGAAAAUUACUUGGUGACAGAAUUUCCUUGGAAGCUAAAAACUUUGAUUUGCCAAACAAUGAUACAAAUGACUAUCGUAACAAGCAGUCUUUAGUAUCAUUUUAUCAGAAAAACAUUGUGGAAAAACUACUGAGUGUCAAAGAAAAGAUUGAUGAAUUACAGCCUCUAGAAUAUAGAAUGCAAAUUAUGGAAAAUAUAUUUUCAUUGUUGUUUGUUAGACAUAGUGAUAUGAGUGAUGAAAGUCAUAGUGAUUCAGGUGGUGAUGAGGCUGAUUUGGAAAGAUCCUUUCUCUCUCAUCCCAAUGGCUCAGAGAGUCCAGUGAGUACUCUUGCUACAUCUAAUCCAAAUACAGAAUCAGGUAAAAUUUCUGAAAAAGAAGAACCCUCUAAAGUAAAGAAAGUUCUGUUACUAGAUUUUGUUGAGGAAGCCCUCGCCAGUGACCAGACUUCACAGAUAGAGACCCCAGUUCAAGAAAAUUGUUCUUAUUCAGAUGCUGAUUCUUGCAACAAUGCGGGAUCAUCCAUGUCAGUCUCUCCAGAUACACCUGCCCAUUCCUGGAAGGCCUCUUGGCACACUGCAGCACCUGGGCAGAUGCAAUCUGAGAAUCAUCAUUGUUCUUCGCAGAGUGGAACAGCACCACAACAUCAGAGUAGUUGUACAGUGAGUGGUAAAAGCACUGCAUCAAGUGUUGGGGAGCUUCCUCGAACAGGUUACAUAAUAAAUUCUUUAGUUGCUUGGGAUAUAUUGAUAUUAUUACAUGAGUCUCUGUUGACAACAUCUGCUGAAAGAUAUUCUCAGAAAGCAAAUCAGUCAAGUCUUUGUGAAGAUGGUAUAUCAGGACAAGUCAUGCAUAGUCGCAUUUCUCAUUUGUCUCGCCACGUUAGUGAAGGCCUAUGGCGACUUCAGGUUUUGGUUCCUUGUCAUCGUAAGAUUGGCUCUUUAGAAAAUUUUGGCAUUUAUGUGGAGGGCAAGUUGUUUUUUAAAGAUAUAAAUGAAACUGAAUAUGAAACUAACACCCAUAAAAGUUUAGGGAAAGUGAAUACAUGUGUAUCAGUAAAGAAAAGGCAUGAAACCACUGAAGGAAGGUCAUCAAUGGCUGAUGAUACUAGUGUCAUUAAUUAUCUGUUAGCACCUCCCCCUUGUUUAGUAACUUUGGCUCUUACAAAUGGUAACUUGACACAGGCAGAACAAGUAAUAAAGAUGUAUAAGAUUGGAGAUACUACAGAGUGCAGAGAAGUGUGUCUUGCAGCUCGGCUUCAUCAAUUAAAACCGAGGUUGGUAAGUGCAAGUCAGAGGGCACAUAAAGGUAAAGGAAGUAAAAUUGCACAAGCUAAAGGAAGCACUGAACAUGGAUUGCUAACACUUGGCCUUGUUGCAAGAGAGGCAUCUGCUCAAGCUGCAGCUGCCAGUUUGGUUCAUGAGCUUUUGAGUACUUUGUCCCCUCCUAUACCAACUGGUAUUUCUGUUAUUGCAUCCGAGACCAAUUGCCCUGUUACUGCUUCCUUUCUGAAUCCACAGUCUAUGGUGCUAAGUGAUUUGGCUCUCACAGUUGAUUUGAAUGAAAGUUCUUCAUCAUCCUUGCUUGAGCAAGCUCUUCAGAGGCACAGGGCUCAUGUUGAAGGUACUUUAACAUUAUCUGAACUUUCCAAGACUGGCAGUGAUGCUGUAGGAUUCAUUUCUUUUACACAGCAGAUGGCAGCUACAUGUAAUAAUAUCAUCACUCUCAGAAAUUUGGAAGUGAAAGUAAGCAGUAGCUGUGAUGCUCAGGAAGUACCAUUUGAUGUAUGUGUUAGAAUAGGGCCAGCUUAUGCAACUCCAAUGUCACUGCUGUUGUCAUCAUACCCAAUAAAUGAUGUGGCAGUGAAAAAUUAUAUUCAGAGUUGGUCAAGAGUUCUUCAUAGUAUGUCAACUUUCCAGGGUGUAUUGCUCAGUCCUGAGGAAGAAGAUGAUGAUUUUGAUGAAUCAAGCAUUCAUUGCAAAGGUAACAAGGUUCACUUAGCAUAUAAGGAGGUUUUAAGAAUUAUGAGUGAAGAAGCCACAUAUUUGUAUCCCGACAACCUGAAAAUUAAGGAGUCUUCUAAAUUUGGUGCAUAUGUUCGAUCUUUUUAUCAGUAUUUGCAGCUUAUGUCUCUCAUGAUAACAAAUUAUGCCAACUCAAGCUUUAAAAGGGGUUUAACUAGCUAUUUCAGCUUACUGUCAAUUAGACCAGUUCAUAUUCUUGGUUCUUUGAUGUUUCAAGAUGGUGUUGACCCUGGUAAGCUGGAACACACAGCAAGAAAAAUGAAACUUAACUUAACAACAAUGAUUUUACAGUACUGUUGCCCAAUGAUUGGGAUAAUGAGGCCUAAGUCGUGGAUAGAAAAUGAAAAACUUAACAGUGAUGAAAGUAUUAGAUUAGGAUUCUUGUUUAAUGAUGAUAGCAUCAUAAUGAAUGCUGGGUCCAUGACUUGUAGAUCAGGAGUUUAUGGUGAAGUUGUAGUCAGAGAUGUACUUACUACACUGCUAAGUGGACUCCGUGAAAGCAUUCCUGCUGCGCCAGUAUCUGAGAAUGUUAGUCACCAAGCAGUUUUGUUGAAUGAUGUAACUGCAGCAACAGCUUUAAAAUCUCUAGAAGUGGUGACAGUGUUGAGAGACACAUCAGAUUUGGCUUCUGUGGAUUUUAAGAAAAUUGCUGUUGGAGAUGAAGGUGUAGUGUUCUUCAUUAACCUAGCAAAUCUCAUGUUUAUCCAUGCUGGAUUAUUAAAUCACAUUUUUUAUCCUGGUGAUAGCAAGUGCAAAAGUCCCCGUGGUAUUUUCUCAGAUUAUCAGCUUGAGCGUAUUAUGGCCAUGAAGAGAGUUGGAUACACAGUUGGACAAUUAGGGUUUGUCUCUUUGUUUGAUGUUCUUUAUGGAAUACUCCAGCUACCAAAUCCUUUGUCAAGUAUACUUAUUCAGAAUAACCCAAGUAACAGAUUUACUCUGUGUAAGAGUGAUUUGUUAAACAAUAAUUUUAGCAUAACAGAAAAAGAGGAUUACCAUCAUAUUUUGUCUCUCUUGAAGUUUCUAUCUUCAAAGGUAAAUUUUUGUGUCACACAAGGGACACCCAUGUCUCCGAGUGUAGAAGUGCUUUACAGUGAUCGAAUGGCAGAGCAACAAGAAAGAGCCAUAUCUGAGCAUUUGAAUUUGUUUCUUAUUGUAGAAGACAAUGUUUUAGUUAGUGACACCCAGAAAAGUAAUGAAAAAAAUGGUGGGUACUGUAUUGCAACUUCCAGGACUAUUUUGAAUUAUCUUGCUAGUCACCCAGAUGGUGUUGCUGGAGGUAUCAAAUCUCUUGAAAAUGAUGUUCCUGAAGAUAUUGCAUCUAUUUUGAGAAGUUUUACAAGAAACUUUGAUCAGUCUGAGAUAGAAUUUCGUGUUCUUGACAGGGAUGAGAAACGAGGAAUUGCACUGGAAUUUAUUGAAACCUUUGAGCCAGAUAAGCUGAAUAUUUCAAGCAGUAAGUCUGAAAGUAGCUCAUUCAGUGAUGUGUCUGAGUACCUACCUGAGGAAUUACCUAAAUUGUCAGUUCAAGAUGACCAUGAAUUAGAGGUUUUAGAACCUCUCGAUUGGUCAAGUGCUCGAGUACCAGUUGCAGUUUUAAGUCAUUUGAGGAAACAAUGUCCUUUGUUAGCAUUUAUAGUUCAAGCAAUUCACAGUACUUUAGAAGCAAGCAAGAAAGGUUCUGUCAGUUCUGAUGAUGAUAUAUCAGACACCUGGCUUAAUAUUCUUUACCCACCUUCAAUAGGAAUGAAACCACCCCCAGAAGAAACAGCUCUGUUCCGUGCAGCUAGGAAUCUCUUCUCAAGUAGAAAACAUAAGGCCUUGUCAGAGAUUGUGCAAGCAAAUCGGGUCCUCUCCUCUCUUAUGCAUGAACCAGAGGUGUCAUGUGUGUGGCAGUUUGCUGAUGAAUUUCUUGGAAGCAAUACAAUAACCAAGGAUAACUUCCAUCUCCUAGUGUCACGAGCACCGAAGGUUAUAUAUGUUCUUCACACUCUCUCUGCUUCUAUGCUCAACACUCAUCCAGACAUCCUACUGUUGCGAGAUCACCUGCUGGCCUUCAUGGUGCAAACAGUACCUCUCUCAGAGAGUAAUCCUACUCCUUGGGAAUAUGCUCAUGAAAUAUCAAACAGUCAAAUAAGGUUUUCUGUAAUCCAAAAGUCACACAGUGAGUGGCCAGUUUCUCCAGCUGUAAAGCUUCUAAAUGUGUUGGGAUGUGAUACACAACUGACAGGUCUCAGACGUGAGUGGGCUAAGAAGCGAGCUAUUCAGAUAAAAGUAUAUGCAGAGAUUCUUAAUAUAGGAAAUCCUGCUGUUGAAACAUGGCAAGAAGUUGAGCAUCUUUCUUCAAAUGACCCUUCAACUCUUCUUUUAAUGCUCAUUCAAAAAAAGCAAUUUAAACUUGGUGUCCAGUGGGCCGAACAUCAUAAUGUUGAUUCUAAGUUAAGACAAUUAGUUGACCAAAGUUAUUUGAUGUCUAUCCUAGAUAUGACUUCCCCUGAUUAUGGAGUAGCUUCAAGUGCUCUUGAAUCUUUAAGCUUUAAGGACCUAACCAUUGUUACUGAAGCACUUUUAGUAAAGUUGUCAAGUAUCCCAACUCGUCGCUUCUUGCUAGAGUUUUUACUAAAAACUUCAUAUCCAAAGGACCCAUCCUCAAUACUAUGUGAAAGUUAUGGUACAUACAUGGGAUCUUUAGAACUUGAACAACCACCUACAAAAGAAAACUCCAAAACAUGUGAGUCACAAACAAUCAGUGAACACUUGGAUAUGGAUCCACUGAGGCAAGAACUAAUGGGUCUGAUACUUGUUGAAGAAGUUGCUCCUGUUACAGAUGAUAGAUAUCAGUUAAGUCAUUUGGCAUCACAUCCUCACUUUAUUAUUGAGCAGUGGCUCAUGAAUAUCAAACUUGAGGCUGUAGAAAAAGCUGUGAAAGUGUUGGGAAAACAUAUGGACAUGAUAGGUUCAAGGUUCUCUAAAAAUGUUGAUGAUGAAAAUUUAGGAAUUUCAUGGUCUUAUGAAGAUGCAAAUUCAAAGAAAACAGAACCAGGAUCUUUAAGUUGGAAUACAUUUAAUUGGCUUAUUGAAGCUUAUGCUGCUAAAUCUCUUGAUACUACUGGUGUGCAGUUUACCCUCAAACCAAAGCAAAGAGUAGAUAAAAUGCCCAAAAAAUUUGUAAUGCCCCCUCAGCCCCCAGACAGGAAAGAUUGGGUGCCAGACAACGAAGUUAGUGAAUGUCUUGUUUGUAAUGUUGCAGUUUUUUCAAUGUUUUGUCGGCGUCAUCACUGCCGUCGCUGUGGUAGAGUGGUUUGUGGUUCCUGCUCAAAGUCUCGAAUGGUAGUUCAAGGCUAUGGUGAUUUGCUAGUAAGAGUUUGUCAGGAAUGUUUCCAGCAAACAAAAGAUAUUAACUUGAUGGAGUAUGAUCAGAUACGUCCCCUUGGGGAAGGGAAUUAUGAUAGCCAGUCUGAAAUAUCAGAUGUUUUAAGUACAAGAGGGAGUUCAUCUUGGUCCAGUGAUGCAGAAGGAGGCUGGUAUCUCACAACAGAUAUGCUACACAAUAAUUUAGUACGCCAGGAGUUUGGUUAUGACUAUGCUCCUUCACUCAGUUUAUGUCUUGCUAUAUUGGCUCACCAUCAAGAUGACAGGAAAGCAGCUAUAUGCAUCAUUAAGUUAUGCCAUCAUUUGUUUUCUCUAAUAGUAUCUGCAGUUAUUUGUACAAGUCCAGAAGUCGAUCAUAAUUUUGUUUUGUCGAUGAUUCAAACCCUUCUUACGUCGUCCAAAGUUCGCUUUGGGAAUGUUAAUGAACAUCAAGGUAUUGCAGUCUGUGAAUAUUACUCUCAAUGGGUAGAUUUGCUCUCUCUCUUAUUGAGAGCUAGUUGUGGUGAUGUCAUCCCACAACGGGCUCUCCAGAAUAUGCUAGAAAUUGGAACUCUGCAUCAAAAACUGUUACAGAAGGAAGAGAACUGUAAAAGAAAAUUUGAAAAAUGUCUGCAACAGGAAUUUGUGUAUAUGCGGCAUAUUAGAGAUUCUCUGGUGAAAAAACAACUAUGGGAACUAUCCCUGAAUGUUUCAACAAAGGCUGGUCUAGAAGUAACAGGUGUAUGGGGUGCAUGGGCAAUGGCAUCACUCAAAGCAGGUGAUUUCCCAGGUGCUAGGGAGAGAUUUGCUAGAGUUUUGGAGAGACCUUUAGAUAAAAACAGACCCUGUAAGUCUUCACUUCUACCUGAAAUUAUCAAGUUUUUGGAGAGUAGCCCAUUUAUUGUUAAUGAAAAGGUUUUAGACCAUGCUGAAAGGACUCGUAUCUUGCUUAGUGAACAAACAAGGUUCCCUCCUUCACAAGCUCUUGUGGUACUUCAUACACUUCAAAACUUGCAAAGUAUUUCAGUGGGUAGUUUGAGAACUAAAUCCGGUGUUGUUCAGUCUAUGCCUAGUGCAAAGUCAAAGAAAAAUAAAAGCACUUACAAAAUGGACACCUUGUUUCAGAAUGAGUGCAAGUAUUAUCUUCGAUUGUAUGGUGAUCAUAGCAUGACUAUUCAGUUUUUCAUGCGACAUCGUCAGUUACAAGAAUGUGCUGAAUACCUAUUAGCCAAUGAAGUGCGAGAAGAUAUUUUUAUCUCUGAGGUCUUACUGCCAUGCUUGAGAUUAGGUAAACUUGAACAACUUUUGAAAAUUUUUAGGACUGAGGACCCUCAGCAGACAAAGUGGUACAAGUACAUGUUGAGAGGGUGUCGCUCGCUUGAACACAACAAGUGGUGGAACUGUCUUUUAAUGGUCCAAGAAGCUUUAGGAGAUAGACUUAGAGCAGUUAUGACAUUACUCAAGAUGUAUAACCAUGAAAUUGGCAAUUAUUAUCAGUUGUCAAAUAGAGUUCACAUUUUAACUUCAGCUCAGCAUCACCUUCAGACUUACCUUAACACACAAAUUCUACAUGGAUCUUUUGCUAAGAGUAAGAUCAUUCUUAAUAUGUCCGGAUGGCAAGUUAACCAGUAUAUUAAUAUGCUAGCAUUGCAGGCUGAUGCUACAAAGUUUUUAGCAGGUUAUGAAGCAAAUUCUGAUAUAAUAGGAAAACUCUUGCAAAAUUUAGUUCGGAUGAAACUGAUUGAAGAACGAUCACUUCCAACAUUACUUGGAGAUGAAAAUGAACGCUUGGCAGUUGGAGCUUUGAUAGUAUCAGGAGCUCAAGUCGUUGAAGAAAGCCUUGGCUUAGCUUAUAGGAUUGUUGAAAGUAUGGGGGUCCCAGCUGAAAAACUACUUUCUGUUGGUUGUGAGUUGCUUGUGGAGAUGGCGAUGUGUGAGAAUAUUGGCUCCCUUGUAAAAGGUAUGGGAGAUUUUGGAAUCCUAACACCAAGUCAGGUAGAUUCUGCAUUAGAACCAGCAUUAUUGAAGAUGUCUACAAGUGCAAAUAAUGUUAACUUGGAUGUCAUUGUGAAACUUUUUUCAUCUGAAAAUGCUAAGAUUGAGGCAUACAUAAAGUGUGGCAGGUUGAAAUCGGCCUAUCUAGUAGCAGUUCAUCGUGGCAAGUAUGAGGAUGUUAUUCUUGUGCAGCAGGCAGCUAAGCAAAGUGGUCAAGCUCAUGUUGCCACAAUGUGUACGAAAUGGCUUGCUAAUCACAAAAGUUUUGUUGGUGCUCGUUAGUUGUGAGUUGUUGAAGUAAUACUGAUUAUUACUAAAAUUCUCAGGGAUUUAAGAAUGAAAAUUAUUGAGUUUUCUGUCUGUAAAAUGUUACAUAUGUACAAGUUUGGAUCUUAAGUUGUUGAAUUAUGGUAGUAUGUAAGACUUUAUGUAUUGUUUUAAUAUUUAUUGGAGCUGGAAAUAAAAAAAAUCAUAGAUAAUUUAAUCUAGCCUCUCCCCACCCCCACACGUUUCUUCAGUUUGCAAUAUUAUUACUCUGGUAUGAUUUUAUUUCAAAAAUUUUCUCUUCAUGUUAUUAGAACCAUCAAGUCAUUUAGUUUUAAAGAAAGGUUUGGGUCUAACAUAGUUAUAAGGAUCUAGUCAAGCCUUAAAUGUGUUAAUUAUACGUAUUCCUUAUUUCCUAUGCUUUUUGCCUAUGUGAACACACAUGGAAUUUAAAGGUAGGUUGACUUCGGUUUAAAUUGUACUAAUUGGUUAGGGUGGUUUUGAUAGUUUGUCCAGAUAUUUGGUAAAAUUUAUAUUCUUUUCGCUUUUUUUAAGGAAAAUGUGGUUUCCCAAAGGGUAAAUUUUUAGAAUGCCAGACUCAGUCCUUUUAUAUUUAUAUUAUAUGCUAAAUUUUAUGUAAUACAUAGACUGACUAAGCAGACUGUGAAGGUGUGCAUUGAUUCAGGAAAACAUCUAAUAAGAAAUUCAUCCAAUGCCAUAAUGUGACUUAGAAAAAAUUUUGAAAUCUGAAUUUGAAAAAAAAAAUUUUUAAGUGGUUAUUGCAUAUCAGAUUUUUUAUUGCCUAUUUUUCUUGUUUUUAUUGUUGCUUAAUCUUUGGUAAGUUAUUUAAGUUUUAAAUGGUAUUUUCUAAAACUCUCUGUGGCAAAAAAUAAUAUUUCCUGUGAAAAACUUACAUAGUAGUUUUUAAGUUUUAAGGUUAUGCUCUGAGAAUUAAAUACUAGAGUUCUGUACUUUAUAAUUCAUGUGUAUAUACAGGCAGUCCCCGGGUUACAAUGGGGGUUCUGUUCUCGAGACAGAUUGUAAGCCGGAACAUCGUCAAAAAUCCUAAGAAAACCUUACUUUUAAUGCUUUGGGUGCAUUAAAAACUAUGUAAAAAGCAUUCUUAUUGCAUUUUUCAUAAAAAAACCUUCAACUAUUGAUUAUUUUGCAUUUUUGGUGUAAUAUAUCUUCUGCCAGAUCAGCGUUGUAGACGCCGUAACCCUGGGAACAUGCGUCAUAACCCUGGAAAUAAUUUCUUGAGGAAUAUGAUUGAAAAGCCCCUUGACCUCGGAACGUCGUAAGCCGAACCCGUCAUAACCCGGGGACUGCCUGUAGAGAAAAGCAUGUACGUACAUCUAGAUUUUCAUACAAGAUUUUGAAUGAUGAUUUUUCAAGGAUCUUGGUACAUCAUAUAAGAGCAAAAGGAGUACAUAGACUAGUGUUCACUGAUUUUUUUUACUCAGUAUUUUAGAUAAUUGGGGAACACUUGUCAUUUUCCUUCCAUAAAACUGUCUUCAAGGUUUGCCUUUGACAUUGUUGUGGAGAUUAGAGAAGACAUGAGAAUAUAAUAUGUAUGUGCUUCUGCUAAAUUUUUAAGUUUAGUAAUUUUUUUUUUAGGUAGAAACAGGUUUAACAAUACUUAUCAGCCAUCAGCUUUGCUUUACCAAAAAUUACUUUUCAGUCACAAGUGAUAUCUUUGUUAUACAUGGCUUUUGACAUCAGAAGUAUAAAACUUGUUGUAUAGCAAGGCAAAAAGGCAGGUUAUGUAUUUUAGCUGAUAUGCCCAAAAACUUUAGUGGUUAUUGAAAAUGAGUUACUUAAACUAUACCUUAUGCUCUGGGGACAACUUGAUAACUGAACUACUUUUUAAUUAUGACCACUGUUACUACUAAAUUUAAAACAAACACUGAUCGAAGUAUUCAGCAUCAGGGUUAAUAUAAAGGAUAAUGUAAUGCAAUUGUAUGGUCAACAAUUAGCUUCUGACAUUUAUAUAAACUUGCAAAAAAUAUCUAGCUUACCUAGCAUAUCCAGUUAGUCAUUAAAUACCAUAAAAUACAAAGACACAAGCAUUGUAGCUUACUGAGUAAAUCCAGUUAGUCAGUAAAUCCCAUAAAAUAUAAAGACACAAGCAUUGCACACCACUGCAUCACCAAAUGUAGUCUAGUAAACAUAUUUGUCAUGUAUUAUGUAAAAUGUCGAAGUUAGGAUGGUUGUCAUAUUAAAUUAAAUGAUUCUUAUUACCCCCAGCACUACACUACACAGAAUGGACAGGGUACUGUAUACUGAACACAUUAGGUCAUUUAGAAUAAAAAGGAUAAUUAUGUAUAGGUACACUGCUGCAUGUAUAUAUGGUCAGUCCCCAGUCUAGGCUACUUGACAUCAUACCCUGACCUAAUGGGUAUUCACCUGCCACAUAUGUGCGUAUUGGAUCACUGUGUAUCAGAGUGGAUAAGCAAACAAUAUAUUGUUGAGCUUUAGUGUCAUAUAUAAAGAUUUGCAAUGGGCUUGAUUAGUCAUUUAUCAGUGUGUUGUUAUAAAAUCAAGAGGGAUGACAUGGUACUUGCUGAAUCAGUGUGGAUGCAAAGCAAAGAAACUGUGAGGUUCAGUUGUAAUUGUAUGUCCUCUGUUUUGAUCUUGAUAGUGAUGCUGUACAUUAAUGAUAUGAGGAAGUUUGUCAAGUUUGUUGCACAGUAUUGUACUAGUGAAUUAUGAACAAUGAUGAUAUGAUACUUAGAUAUGCAAUAAGUUUAAGCAUAGCUUUUCUUUAUACAGGUAUCAUAUUCAAACACUUGUGGUUGAGGUACCAGUCUAGAUCACUACUACUACAUUUACUAUGGCUCCAUUGAUCAUUACAGCUCAUGGUGUGCUCACAGCUUAUGCUGUGUAGCACACUCUCCCUCUUGCUUCAUCUCAAUAUUUUCUUUAAUUCAAAGCUAUGUGUGACCCUUCUGUCUCCAAAAACUUCUGUCUUAGGCACUUUCUUCCAAAAGUGCCUGAUGCACUGAGUUACUUCAUUAAUGAAAGCUACGAUUCAUAUACCUAGACUAAUACAAAUUAGUACUUAAAAUUUGGUAUUUCGCAUUAGGGUAGAACACACUUCAGAGUAGUUGAGUUGUGCACAAGAGAUCUACUAUUGCUUUUUUCCGGAUAUUCAGCUGACAUUCAUUUUUAAGAGGGGUUAUUCAAUGUCUUUUUUGACUUGUAUGGGUAUAAAUUAAAUUUGAAUGCCCUAUUCAGUAUCACCACUUUGUAACUGAACAACAAGUGUACUCAAGGAUCCCUCUCAAGAAGCAACAAUAAAAGCUGUUUUUGAUGUGCAGAAAUGGGCCAUCUCUCUAGACCAAGGGUCAGCAACCCAUGGCCCGCAGAGAUUUCUGUCUGGCCUGCCAACUUAUCACCUGGUCACUAAUUAUCUAACAGU